GGGUGACCGGUCGAUCUACGAGCAUGAGGUGUUGUCGCGCAUCCUCGAAUCGAUUGUGACCGUUGAUCAGCUCAACGUCAGCGGCUUGCAGGGGAUUGAGUUGCUGGUUCGACGACUGCAGGUGAUUCGAGAGGCCCAUCGGAUCUUGCCAUCCAGCCCAGAUUACAGUUCGGCAGAGUUCUUCAUGGGCUGGAAGUAUCGGAAGGGCGCACAUGGAGUUGAUCCCGACCUUGCACAUCACGUUGCUGCGGAGUUGAAGUCGGAAGCAAUGAUCCUCAAGGAGAGCCGCAAGGCAAAGGAAGAAGCGCAAGAGGAUUUUGUCAGCACAGUGCGCCCCUAUCAGCGAGACUUGAUAUCCCUCCCAGAGACCGGCGACGAUCCCGUAUCGUUGGACCAGGUUUUGGAUGAGCAUGGACGACAAGUUCUUGGUGAUCCCCUGCGGACUAUGCCCCUUUCGGAUGAGGAGUGGGGUGAAGUGCUGGAGAAGGGUGAUUUGGUGUGCAUCCCGGAGGGCUCUACACUCUAUCUGGCCCAAUCCGACAUCAAGGACUACUUUUAUAGUUUAGCUCUACCUCAUGAACUACAGAGCCUCUUCUGUUUGCCUGCUAUCGCCAAGUCCGCCAUGCAGGACUGGGGCUUGGAUUUUGAUCAGGUUCCCGCUGUUGAGGGUAGUUCCGAUGGGUUGGAGUUCGGCUAUGUGGGUGGCGCAAAGGGUCCACACGCAUCUGUGCAUGGAGGAGGCCUUAGUCUGGAUCGCGUGAUCAUGGAGAGCAAGGCGCCCCCAGAUUUGUCAGAUGGUGAGGUGAUCAUCAUUCCGUACGCUGACAAUUUGAAUGUGGCAGGUAUUGACGAACAACGUGUUCAGCAGGUUAAGAACAAGAUCGUCGAUAGGCUUCGUGAGAUCGGUUUUCGAGUGCAUGAAGAGUUGGAAGCAUGUAGCAUUGGACAAAGCCUCGGCUUCCUCGUCGAUGGCGCCAAAGGUGUGGUGGCGCCCAUUCCGGAGAGGCUGCACAAGGUCAGAUUGGCGCUUGACUGGCUGGCGAGGCAGCCCUGGGUGACGGGGAAAAAGGUCGAGCGGCUCAUCGGACAUUGUGUUCAUUUCAUGCUCCUACGUAGAGAACUCCUGUCGAUCUUCAGAGCCAUGUACGACUUUGUGCACAAGAGCUAUUCGAAAAAACGACCACUUUUUGCCUCUGCUGCAAGAGAAGCUAAGUGGGCAUCAGCUCUUUUGGGUCUUUGCAGUGUAGAUUUGAGGAAGGACUGGAGUGGGCGGUUGUGUAGGCGCCUCUGUGCUCUUUUGCUAUGUGCCGAUUCCAUGCUUUCACCUCGUUGGAUUCCCUCUGAGUUGAACGUGGCCGACAAAGGUUCGCGGCGGUGGGAAUCGCAAAGAAAGAGAGAUGUUGCUGGCCGAGCCUGGGAGAAGAUCCAGCUCGAAAGGGUUGACUCAGCAGGAAGGAGGCCGGCCGACAAGGCCAAGACUCGAGCAGAGAUAGCGAGACAGAGAUCCGAUCCUCCUCGCUUCAAGGGACAGACAAACCUGGAGCGAGUAGCAGUGUCGGAAGCAGUGGCGAAAGACUACACCAGAAGGACCAACGAUCUGAGAUUCUUUGCACGACAGAGCAAGAUUUCCCUUCGAAGUGCGAAGAACUUGGACGAGGCCUGCACCUUGUUUCUGAACAACAUCUUCGAGCAGGGCGUAGAGCUCCACGAGGGCUCAAAGUUUGUGGCGGCGGUCAAAGACGCGUUCCCAGACUUUGGCCACAAGUCAGCACUGCCUCGAAUGAUCAGAGCACUUCAGGGCUGGACAAAGAUCGAUCCUCAGAAGACCAGACCACCUCUGCCUUGGGAGUUGGUCGCCGGCAUUGCAAUGAAGAUGCAGGCACGAACGCGGCACCAUGCGGCCUUGGCGGUGUUGACCAUGUUUUCGGCCUACCUGAGGCCGGGAGAAUGCCUGGGGAUCCAGAAGACAGACCUGGUAAGACCUAUGCCAAGACAGGAGCACCACACGCUCCACCUGCACCCUGCCGAGAGACACGAGGCCUCAAAAGUUGGGAUCUCGGAAGAGUCGAUUCAGCUGGAUUCAGUGCAGCUCCUUUGGUUGGGUCAAGCGUUGGAACAGCUUCAGACGGACGGGCCAUUUCUUUUCGAGCUGGGACACGCAGAGAUGGUCUCAGCUUGGAAACAAGCCUUGGUGGAUCUAGGACUGGAACACAACCACGCAGUCCUGCACCAACUAUAA